CCCCUGUUUAAUUCUCCUAAGUUUGGAGUUUGGAUCUCAAAACUGUACAAAUGAAUGCCGACCGCUCCACCUUUGGGCGCAACUACUUUUGUGCCACCUAUUUUUGUUGCUGUUCACGUGAACCGAAAUCAAACAAGCAAAAAGGUGCAUGAUUUUAGAUUAGAUUAUUAGCUUUUGUAGUGGCUUAUGGGCUUUCACUAUUAAUCGAGAUAAAGGUUUGGCCAUUUUCUGGAACCCAUCAUCAUCUUCGGGCAGUUUAUGUGUGAAUAUUCUAUCCAAUUAUUUGCCCGGAUGUUCAGCAUAUUUUUUGUGAUAUCUUCUGCAACGUCUUUCCCGUUAGUUUCUUGAGGGAUUCAUCAUCCAUCUAAUCGUCUUAAUCACCUUCAUUAUAUUCGGUAAGCUAGCAUCUAAAUCUGGUUCCUCUUGCCCUCGUCAUCUGUUUGCAUCUCUCUCUCGGAUUCUUCACUUUCGGACUUAAAAAUUAAAGAAAAACAAUAGGUGUUAAUGCAGGAGUAUUUUGUUUACCGUCGCCCGUAUGAAGAAAUUGUCGAAAAUUUAUCGAAACAUUGCAAUGACUGGUAGCUUAUUAUCGAUAUCGUAGAGUUAUAAUUUAAAGUUAUAAAUUGUAUUAUUUAGUAAGCAAAUGUUCCUAAGUGGUUUUUUAUUUUCUGUACUCAAUCUAAAGCACUUUUUUAUUUAUUUCGUGUAUUAUAUAUGGAUCAAAGGAUGAAAUUUAUCAAAAGAAGACAACGAAAAAGUAGUAAUUAAAAAAAUGCAACUCUGAUUGUUUUGACAGCAUAACUUGCAAUUAGUCAACAUAUUUUUCACAGUAAAAAUUAUUUUUCGCGAAUCGAAUAAGAAAUAAAACAUUUAGUAUACUGAAAAUGGCUAUAUUAGAAAAUAUAAAGGAAUUGUUCACCUCAGAGACAGCUCGUAAUAAAAAUUCAGCCUUAAUUUCUGGGUUUCUGUUUUUUUCUGGCUGGUGGGUUCUGAUCGAUGCUAUGUCAGUAGACAGCCACAAACAAAUAACCACCGGACAUGUUUUCAUAGGAGUUUUCGGUACAAUCAGCUUCUUUAUGGUAAACACCGUAAAGAACUCGCAUAUUUCGGAGGAAAACACAUCCGAGUCCGGAGCACGUCUUGCAAAAAUUUAUCUGCUUAUUGGUUUCGUUAUGGGAUUUGCUUCGAUAAUAGCGGCAAUCUGGGUUAUGAUUGAUGACUUUAUCAAUAACAAUAAAAAGGACAAUUGGCCAGGUGUAGCUCUUCUAAUGCAGAAUGUAUUUAUUCUUAUUGGGAGCCUAGUAUACAAAUUUGGCCGAAAUGAGGAAGACUGGAACGAGUAAAUGAGGAAGCAUCUACAGGAGGAGCAUCUACAGGCUAAUCACUAAAUAUAUAAGUGGGUCAUAAUAUUCAUAUUUAAGUUAAAGGCAUAGUUUACACACUUACAUUUUUGCUUAUUAAACGAAUUUGUUUCUCAAAAGCUACGUCUGUUUAUAACAUAUUCCACGUUAUUCUAUGAAUGUAUGUGUAUGCAGAAAUAAAGCUUCAGUUUCAUUUAAGGAAAAAAUAACAAUUUGGCACUUAAAUUGAUAUUUCCAAAAAAUAGGCCGAUAUAUGCCUCAGAAAUAUUAAAUUUCACAUUAAUAUCAACUUCAUGAACGAAAUUAAUUCUCAAAAUUGGUUUCCCCUUAUGCAUAUAAAUCCGGUCUAAGGCUUUUACUUCAUCAUGUUAUGUUAAUUUAGAAGUAAUGUCCAUUAACUUUCAAUAAAACCAGCAAAUAUUGUAAUUACAAA